AUGGCCAGCCUGAAACGUAAAGUCCGGUGGACCUCAGAUAUGAAGCACCAGCUUGUGGAGCUGUGGGAAGCCCAAGAAUGUCUAUUCAAAGUCUCCACCAAGUCGUACCACAACCAAAACGACAUGUUGCGUGUUCUGUUUUCCGAGUACGAUGUCAGCGGUGGACACAGGAUGGCUCUGCUUGUGUUUGGGGGAGUGCGAGGUAGGCGGUAUCUGACUGGAGAAGCGGGGAGUUCCCUUCACACCGUCAGCGGCGAUGCGUUCACGGCCCAAAAGUCGGUGGACAACAGUUGUUCCGUGCUCCUAUCUGGAUGCAUCAUGUUGGCUUUUCCUUUGAAAUUCCCUUUAUUUUAUUUUUUCAUCUUCUCAUGUUUUGGAUAUAAUUCUGUGUUUUGUGAUGAUAAUUCAAAUAUACCAGCAAUUGCCAGAUACUUCAGCACAAAAGGGAGGUACGAGGAUGUUAAUUCGUAUCUCAUGGAGGACAUACUUGCCGCAAACAGGUCUAUUCUACAGCUCCCAAGUGCACAAUGCCAUGAAAUUCACCUGACUGCCAUAAUAAGACACGGCACCAGAUACCCGACGGUGAAAAACAUUAAAGAGAUGCAUCAGCUCUAUGAACUUGUGCAGAGGAAUGCGUCCGGUGAAGAGAGCUGGCUGCGUGAGAUCCAGACCCAGUGGAGGAUGUGGUACACGGAUGACAUGGAUGGAAGACUGGUUCAGAAAGGGGUGGAUGACCUCAGGCAUUUGGCCGUCAGGCUGUCAAAGCUGUUCCCCUCACUGAUCUCAGAGCAGAACCUCAGAGGUGGACUCAUCAAAUUCAUCACCAGCUCAAAACACAGGUGUGUCAACAGCACCCUGGCCUUUAAGUCUGGACUGACAGAGCUGUGGAACAUUCAAGAUCAGGAGUUUGAUCAUGCAGUGAAUGACUCCCUGAUGAGGUUUUUUGACCGGUGCGCCAAGUUUCUACAGGACGUCGACAGCAACCCAUUAGCUGUGGUUGAGGUCGACAAGUUCAAGAGUGGACCUGAGAUGAGCGGGGUCCUGGACAAGAUCGCAGACCGUCUCAGAGUCCCACACAGUGACAUCACAUAUGAUCUGGCACAAGCAGCAUUUUACUUGUGUGCUUAUGAGUUUGCCAUCAAGACUGUGAACUCCCCCUGGUGUCAGCUCUUUGACGAACACGAUGCAGAGGCUAUGGAGUAUGUGCAUGAUCUGAAGGAAUACUGGAAAAGAGGCCACGGUUAUGAUAUCAACAGCAAGUCAAGCUGCAUCCUCUUUCAUGAUGUGUUCAGUCGACUGGACAGGUCAGCCACUGAGAACAAAUCUAACCAGCAGGUGAGUGAAACAGUGACAGUCCAGGUUGGCCAUGCAGACACCCUCCUGCCACUGCUGACCCUCCUGGGCUUCUUCAAAGACACUGAUGCCCUGACGUCUACAAACUACGCCACACAGACCCAACGCUCCUUCCGCACCAGCCGCAUGUUACCCUAUGCAGCGAACUUACUCCUGGUGUUGUAUGACUGUGGGGCAGGUGACCUAAGACUGCAGCCACUGCUCAAUGAACACUCAGUCACUUUCCCUGGUUUGACUGGCCAACAGGACUCUAUGCCACUGUACCGAGAUGUGAAAGAGCGUUACAAAGACCUGCUACAAGGCUGUGACUUUGAGACUGAGUGUAAGCUGUUUGGGCCUUCUGCUGAAGGUUAAGUCAGCAGUACGGUGUGUUUACAAGGCUAAACAAACAGCAGUGACUUGGUUCAGUUUUAUUAGAAAAACAAAAAUCAGCAUCAUGCAUCGCCUCUGCUGCUACAUUGGAAUAUUGCCUGAAU